UGUUUGGUAGUAGCCAGGAGCAUGGUUAAGCCAUUUUAUCUAUGCUCUUCUCUUCGUUUGGUACAAAAUUAGGAAACCCAUAACGGACUCAGAUAGAGCUCCGUUCCGUCCAAAAACCACUGUUCCACCCCAAUUUUUAACAUCUCGAUUUGCUGCGGAUAAAUUUUAUGCCUCGGAAUCUACAACAAGCAGCCAGUUAUUUGACCAAAAUAUCCCUUCUCAUUUACUCUAUUUUGUGAUAAAUUGAAUUAUUUUCUACCGACAAUUGAACACCAAAUUUGAAAUAAAAACCCUCAUCUCCUCAAUUAUUUCUUCAUCGCUGAAGAAGACGGAGAGAACCCCACACACUUGGAAUUCUAGGUCUGGUAGUCAUGAACGUGACGCUGUGUCGCUGGUUGUGGAAGAGUAUCAGGAGGUCAAUCGUGUGAAACGGCUGUUGUUUAUAGCUAUUCUGGAAUGUAUGCGCGACUACAGGUCACUUCGUCAACGAAGAUUAAAUGUUCGGCCUUAUCGAAUAUUAGAACGUGUUCCGGCACAAGUCGCCCACCUAACGCGGCUGGUAGGCCUUACUGACGUUGAUUGUAUAAACAAUCUUAGAAUGGAUCGUAAUACAUUUGGUCGAUUAUGCAUUCUACUACGCGAGCGGACUAGCCUGAUUGACGGAAGGUGGGUUACCGUCGAAGAGCAGGUUGCAAUGUUCCUUUGUGUUUUGGCGCAUCAUAGCAAAAAUCGCAUUGUGGGCUUCAAUUUUCGUCGCUCUUUGCAAACGAUAUCACACUACAUUCACUCAAUUUUGAGUUCAAUCUUGCAACUUCAUGGAGAUCUGCUGGUUACACCAGAACCUGUAAAUGAUGGUUGUACAGAUCCACGGUGGAAGUGUUUUCCGGGUUGCUUGGGUGCUUUAGAUGGCACAUAUAUAAACGUGACAGUGAGCAAUGGAGACAAAGCAAGAUACCGAACUCGGAAGGGCCAGAUAUCCACGAAUGUACUGGCAGUUUGCGAUAGAAAGCUUCGUUUUGUUUAUGUUUUAUCUGGCUGGGAGGGCUCAGCCGGUGAUUCACGAAUCCUAAGAGAUGCAAUCAAUAGACCAAAUGGGCUUAAAGUCCCAAAAGGAAGCUACUACUUGUGUGAUAAUGGGUAUGCGAACAGCGAAGGAUUUCUCACACCGUACAAAGGUGUGAGGUAUCAUCUCAAAGAAUGGGGGCCCAAUGCUAUUCGUCCACAGAAUCCAACUGAAUUAUUUAAUAUGAGGCACACGAAAGCACGGAAUGUUAUCGAACGAGCAUUUGGUGUGAUGAAAAUGCGAUGGGGAAUUCUCCGUUCCCCAUCCUACUAUCCGAUUCAAAUACAAAACAGACUUAUAAUGACUUGUUUCUUGCUCCAUAACUUCAUCAGAGGUCAGAUGGACUCUGAUCCAUUUGAAAUGCAGCUUGAGCCAGAGAACUUAUCUGGGGAUGAUGUUCUUGAAAAUGCAGAAGUAGAUUUCGUUGAGUCAGUAGAUCCAACAGCAGAGUGGAAUCAGAAAAGGGACAACCUUGCCAUAUCCAUGUGGAACCAAGAGCAUGGAGUUGAAGCAUGACACCGCCGCGGAGGGGCCACCCUGUGCGUGUGGGGCUGGUACCAUGUUGUUGCUACGCGCAGGGGAAGCUGCAACUCAUCCUGGCCGUUACUACUACAAAUGUCCCCAUUAUGGAAAACAUGUGAAAUCCUUUAUUUGGUGUGAUGAUUACCAGAUCAGGACAAGAAGUGCUACUGAGAGGGUUACAUCGGGGGCUCGGGAAGUGUAUGUUGAUCGCCUACUCCAUAUCCACGUCGUCUUCAUGUUUAUGGCUGUUGUAAUAUUUUUAUUUGGGAUUGUAAUUGGCCGCCUACUUUAGCAACUUCUAUUUCUUACUAUCUGGUAGUUUUUGAAUGGAUUGUAAUUGACUAUUCUAUACUUUUGUUAUAUGUAGUAGUCACGCAGACAAUCUACUUGUUCUGAAUUCAAUUGUAGUAUGAUGUUAGUUUGAUGUUA